UUUCCCUUUCUUUCCAUCUGUCUCACUUGGUCUCUCCACAGGAAAACGGGUUCUUGAAUAGCUUUAAAAAUACAUUUCCUAAUGCAAAUAGUUUUUCUAUAUUAUUCAAAUAUUUAUGGCUUCUGCAAUAUGAGAGAAUAGAACAAGGAAUCGCUGAUUAGAAAUGAGUGGGAGACAUUCAGAAGAGGUGAACUGAAGAGAUAUAGACUUCUCGCCAUCAAAACGACAUGAAACUAGAAGCUUUUCUGGUGCUGCUUCUGGGGUCCUUGCAAGGGGUGUUCACUCAAGUGCCUAUUACUGCAUUUACUGAAAGAACAGCUGUGGAGGAAGGUCUUGGAAGCGGUCUGUUAGAAGUGGAACAGGAAGAUGAACUGGCAGACACUUACUGGUCUGGGACGGCCCCCAUUUGUUUCGGAGGGUGUAAAGGCCGACACAGGGAGCUGAAGAGAGACACCUGUGGAGAUUCAGACUGUUGCUGGGUGGGAUACAAAUCCCUUUGUAGAGUGAACUGUGGAAAGCCUGAUGUGGACUUUAACGGGAUGAUUUAUGGGAGUGAUUGGUGGGUGGGUUCUGUAGUGCGGUACAACUGCAGACCAGGGUUCGUGUUGGUGGGAGAUCCUGCCCGAGCCUGUCAGUCCAAUGGGAAAUGGACACCCAAACCGUCCUGUCUCAGAGUGUGUCAUCGUGGCCGUGUGGAGAUCAAUGAGAAGGACAUUGACGGGACAUGUUCGUCCACCUGUCCUGAUGCUAAGAGCUAUGCAGUCCCUCUGAACCACAAAUGCAGUCGUAUUGAGAACUGCACAACUAAAAAUCAGGCUGGAAGCGCUGGUUUACACGCUGCAACUACUGCGACUGUGACUGCUUCACUCCCUGCGCUUCUACAGGAUAAAAGACUGAAUCCGUAUUCAUUAUCCUUUUCUUUGAAGACAUUUUGUCCACAUGAGUUUUGGAAACAACAGAGUAAAGUUUUAUUGGACUGUAAAGACACUUGUCAUGCAAACUGAAGAGAACUUGUCAAACUGAAUAUUAAGAAUUAUUAUGCAUCUCUAGAUUCUGAAUUUAUCUACACAAUUAGUGACCUUUAUUUUAACCACUGACUACAAAAGCCCAGACAUUCAGAAAUGUUGCUGUAUUCCCGAUCUGUUUUUAGUAGUACAGAGAUGAACUUGUAAUUUAGUUAUCCUCUGAGCAUAAACCAUACUGCUAAAUAUA